CAGGCCCUCCCAGGAGAACCUGAGCUCCUUCCCUGACUGUAAAUCUUCCCAGCUCCCCAGGGCCCACAGAGAGAGAACGUGGUGACUACAUAGAGGAACCAGGCAGCAACCUUGAGCCCACGCGUGGUCAUGAGGGCAGAUGGGCGGUGCUGAAGACCCAGCCUGGCUCCAGCUGCUUCGAAAGGACUCCAGCCCCCCAGGACCCCGGGCCACAGCCAUCUGCCACCCACAGGAUGGGAGCCUGGCGGCUGGGGACCCAGCCAUGAGGGACUACUGCCUCUCCCAGCAGCAGGCCAGCCGAGCAUCUCCCAGGCAGCCCCCUGACCAACACCCAGGCAUGGCCUCUGGACACGGCAGCCCCAGCGGGGCUGGGCCAGGGGCCUCCUGCUCUGAGGGUGCUGGCGGGAACUUGGCUCACAGUUCCCCAACCUGCGUUUCUCCCCAGCAGGCCACCAAGGGAACACUGGGGGCACACGGAGCCUUAGUUUCAGGGACACCAGGAACCACCUUGUCUGGGAAGUCAGAGCCUGCGUCCCUGGUGAGAACCGAGCCCAUGCCCUCAGUGAGUAGAAACCCCAUGUUGUUGGAGGAGGGUCCCAGGGCCUCGAGGCAGGCGUACUCCACACCCACAGGACAGGAAGGUGCUGGCGCCGCGGGCGAGGUGGACCCUCUCACGUUUCCAGUAGAGACAGGGCCUGCAGUUCUGGAACGAGACAGUCUGGGGACUUUGGCCUUAGAUGCCACAUACUCCAGCAAGGUGGAGACGUGGUCCCCGAGGAAGGAGGACCCUGGGUCUUUGACAAAGGUGGACCCUGUAUUCCUAACAAAGGAGGAGCCUGGAUAUUCUGGAAGAGAGAACCCCGUGUCCUCAGCAAAGGUGGACCCUGCAUCUGUGGGAAAGGGGGAGCCCGGGGGUUUGGGGAAGGACGGUGCUGUGUCCUUGGGGAGCACAGAGUCUGCGUCCAAGAAACAUACAGACCCCGGGCUCUUGGGAGAGCUGACACCAGAGUUGUCCAGCAAGACGGAGCCCACUUCUUCCAGAACGGGGGCUCCUGGGUGUGCAGGAAGGGCAGACCCUGCCUCUACGGGGAGUGCAGAGACUGUGUCUGCUGCAAAAGGGGACUCUCGGCUCCUGGGAAAGGGGGGCUCUGCCUCCUCAGGAGACGGAGGCCCUGUGUCUCCGCGAACAACAACUGUGUCUGCUGGACAGGCAGGGCCCGGGUUCCCAGGAGGAACGGAUCCCACACCUUUGAAAACUGUAGAUCUUGUGUCUUCAGGCAAGGCAGAUGCGGUGUCCUUGGGAAAGACCGAUCCUGUGUCCUCAGGAAGGCCAGAGUCCUUGUCUCCUGGACAGGCCCACGUGUCCGUGGGAAAGACAGAAACUGUAUCCUUGGGAAAAGAGGACGCAUUGUCCUCCGGGAGGGCAGAUCCCAUGGCCCCGGGCCGGGGGAAAACAUUCUCUUCUAGAGACCUGAAUCCUGAGCCUUCAGGAAAGACAGACCCUGUGUGCUCCUCGGGGACAGCAGGUUCCCUCCCUACCUUGAAAGCUGUGGCGGUCCCCGGAGCGAGAGGAGCCUCACUGACCACAGAGGUGGCCGGCCCUGCCGCCUCAGGGACUGCGGAGCCUCUGGCCCUGGGCAAGGCGGACCCCACGGGCAGCGGGGAGGUAGAGACUGGCCCCUCGGGGGAGGCGGGCUCCACAUCUCUAGAAAAGGCGGCGGCCCCCACGACUUCAGGAAAAACGGCCCUGGCGUCCUUGGGGAAGGCAGACCCCAAGUCCCCGCGGAAAGCAGACGCUGCCCCAGAGGGCGAGGGGGAUCCUGCGGGCUCCCUACUGGGGCCCGGGGCCCCAGGGAAAGCAGAGAGGUCUGAGGGCAAAGCCGGAACAGCGCCCCCUGGGCCAGAGGGCGCCGCAUCGGCAGGAAGGACCGCGGCCGCGGAGAAGGUGGAUCUCGGGUCCUCAGGGAAAGCCCAUCCAGUUGCUUCUGGGAAGGGACAGCCUGUGUCCUCGGAGAAGGCCGACUCUACGUCUCCCAGGAGAGCAGAGUCCCCGUCCCCGGGAAGGGUGGCCGCCUUGACCCUGGAGAAGGCCACGCCCGCCUCUUCCUCCACGCAGUCAGACGGCAAACCCUGCGACCCGGCGGGGACCCCCGAGGGUGCCAGGAGCCUCAUGGACCACCGGCAGCCAGAGCCUGCGCUUAACACGGAAGCCUCCGGCCUGGGCCCGAGAGACCCGGUGGCCUCUGCGUCUGAGGGACGGCCCCAUCCCGAGGACGCCGCACACCCGCCCAUGGGAGAGGUCCCCUCCGUGUGUGACAGCCUGCACAGAGUGGGUGGCCUCUAG